AUGAACAAAUUACUAGUACUGAUCGCUGUCCUGUCCCUGGCACAUUGCCAGGACAGUAAGUCUGGAGACUUGGACGCGGUAAUCAAGCAAAUAUUCGGCGAGCCCACUGCCGGUCCAACCCCGAACACGCCGUCAACCAUUGUACCACCCGUGACCCAGCCAGCUGCGACUGACAAGCCCGUGUCAUGUAAAAUGGACGAUUCAUCACCAGGCGAGUGUGUCCGUUACUACCUGUGUAAUGCCAACAACUCUGUGAUUACUGACGGAGUGGGCAUCAUUGAUAUCCGAGUCCAAGACGGUCCAUGUCCAUCAUACCUUGACGUGUGCUGUUCAUUGCCUGACACCAGGAAGCCUGAAGACCCAAUAACCCCGGCACCACCCGUUGACCCACCGCGUGAAGGUUGCGGUUGGCGUAAUCCAGAUGGCGUUGGUUUCCGAAUCACAGGUGACAAAGAUGGCGAGGCGAAAUUCGGGGAAUUCCCAUGGAUGGUUGCCAUACUCAAGAUCGAGCCAGUGAAUGCAGAGGAUCCAGAAGGCAGGAAGCUGAACGUCUACGUUGGUGGAGGUUCCCUCAUCCAUCCAGGUGUCGUUAUGACUGCUGCACACUAUGUAGCCGCCUCAAGAGCAUUUAGAGUGAGAGCUGGGGAAUGGGACACCCAGACCACGAAGGAGAUUUACCCUUACCAAGACAGAGAUGUCUCUGAAAUCGUUAUUCACAAGGACUUUAAUAAGAACAAUCUCUUUUACGACAUUGCUCUUCUAUUCCUCUCAUCUCCUAUGGAGUAUGCGCUGAACGUCGGUAUCGUAUGCCUACCACCACCAAAAGAACGUACACCGGCGGGAGCUCAAUGCCUAGCGUCUGGUUGGGGAAAGGACAAAUUCGGUAAAGAGGGGCGCUACCAAGUUAUUUUGAAAAAGGUGGAAGUUCCAGUGGUAGAAAGACGUCAAUGUCAAACUGCGCUACGUAAUACGCGUCUUGGUCAUUUCUUUGAGCUUCACUCAUCCUUUAUGUGUGCUGGUGGAUCGAACGGACAGGAUACUUGUAAGGGAGACGGUGGAUCGCCACUCGUUUGCCCUGUACCGUACGAGAAAGACCGAUACAUGCAGAGUGGUAUAGUCGCGUGGGGCAUUGGGUGUGGUCAGGAUGGAACUCCAGGUGUCUAUGUGGAUGUAGCCAACCUUCGCAACUGGAUUGACGACAAGAUGGCCGGCAAGGGCAUCGACCCCAAGAUAUAUACGUAUUAA